AUGAGCCAGGAGGCAAAUGAGAAUGUAGAAAGGUCUGCCCAAUUCCUUUUAAAGCCCCGGAAACCCAUUCAGCCUUACAUCUGCUCGACUCUGGAUGAUUUUCAGGAAGAGAGAGACUAUUUGGCAACCUACAUCUUCCCUCAGCUGAGCGAAUUCUGCAAUUCCCGGGGUGCGGCUUUCAAAGCUGUGGACCUGAGGUGGUCAGCGUUGAAGGCCCAGGUGCCCUUACCCUUCAAUCUGUUUAGACAACAUUUUUGUUUCCACUAGCAACAUCUGAAGCUCUGUCUGGACUGCAUGAACAGCUGCUUUCCCUUUUUUAUCUGCUUGCUGGGUCAGGCAUACGGGGACUUUCUCCCUGACUACUCACCUGUCAUGUUCUCCAAGGCAACUGACUUCAGUUUAUCCAUAAUGGAACAGAAUCUCUAUGAUGCUGCAAAAAACUGUUAUCCUUGGGUCCUGGAGAAUCCCAACUGCAGUCUGAUUGAGUUAGAGAUCAUCCAAGCAGGAUUUCUGAAUGAGUCUCAAUUUCAGUAUUUUUACUUUAGGACGGGAACCAUGCUGCUGAAGCCUAUGGAUGAGGAAAAGGAGGAGAUGCUGUCCGCAGGUUUUCUGAUCAACGAUGAGGAAAAAUUAAAGAUUGGAAAGCUUAAGGCCAAGAUUAUUAGCAGAGGGCUACCUGUCAGGUUGUACAGAGAUCUCCAUGAGUUGGGUGAGCUGGUUCUCAAGGACUGGUUGGUGGUGAUAGAAAAACUUUACCCAGCCACUUUAAUGAUGGAAAAUACAGACUUCAAGUACAACUUUGAACGUUUCUAUCAUGAAGAGUUCACUGAGAAGUGCAAGGAAGUGUUUGUUGUUUCCAAGGAGUCAAACAGAACCUUUGAAAUCUUGGAAAGAUUUGCCUUAAAGGAUGUGGAAUUUGAUUUUAAUAAUGCCGCAGCAGGCCCCAGUUUAUCAGUUCUCAGAAUAAAUCCUCUUCCAACUUACAGGUCUAUUGUGCUCUUGUCUGGAGAAUAUGGCUGUGGGAAGUCCAGUCUGAUUGCCAACUGGGUGAACUAUUUCAGAAAGAAACAUCCAGAUGUGUUGCUGCUCCCUCAUUUUGUGGGCAGCGCCUGUGAAAGCAGUGACAUCAUGUUGGUGAUACAUUACUUCAUCACAGAAUUACAGUACAAAAGCUAUGGUAAUGGAAUCAAAACUAAGGAGAGCAAGGAUGGAAAGCAAGAGAGUUUGCAGCUCCUGCUACACGGCAGCCCAGGAGGAAGCCCGGGCAAGCAGGGCCGGCUGGCUCCAGCAUCAUUUAGCAUCACUGCCUUGGCUACAAAGCUGGCUUUUCCCCCCACCGGGGAGGCAAAAGACCUUUCCUGGCUGCCAGGCUUGCUGUCUCUUCAUUGCAAGUGUAUCAUAAGCACUGUCUCCUCCAGCCUGUCCUACAAGUCGCUGUGUGCCCGCCCAGACGUGAGGACGGUGGAGCUCAUCAGCACAGAAGAUGAAGAAGUGAAACUACAUAUCUUUAGACAGUAUCUCCCCCUUCCCAGCAAAGACCCCUUCCGACAGAACAGACACAGCUUGAGGAAGAAACCAAACCUGAGUCCUUUAAAACUCACAGUCCUGGAGCUCUGGGAAUUGAUUCUGAAGCGCAGGACUGAAGACUAUACUUGGACUUUGAAACAAAAAAAGGCAAAUUCAGACACUGUGGCUUCAGGAGAAGGUGUAACCACUCCCGCCAGAGAGAACGGUCCAUAUGCCUUUCAGAACCCAACGAAUCACAAGAGAGCACAUUUCCACCAAAUCUUGGUCAAAUACUUCCAAAGGCAAACGGCUUUCUGGAGAGUGUAUCAAGAGCUGCCUUGGCACAUGAAGAUGAGCGGCUGCUGGAAGGAUUUGUGCAGCUUUCUCUCAAGUCCUAGUAUCACAGACUUUAUGUCAAAGACCCAAAGCCCGAGCUUCUGGACAAGGCUACACCUCAUCCACUACUGGAGUGUAUUGUCAGAAGUUGGAUAUGAUGCUACUGAGGCCUAUUUGCGCACGGUGGGCAAGAUCAAAGCAGAUCAGUACCAGAAAAUGAGGAAGAGAUGUGCACUCUCAGUGCUGGAAUGCAGACUUUUUGAGGUUACUGCCACUGACAAAUGCCAAUUAAUGUCCUUUAUUGCGAGAUUUCUGAAGCUUCUGGGCAAGACCAAUGAAGCAGAAGAGUUAUUCUUGAGUGUUGAGCACAGGUUAGUGCAGGAAUGCUUCCCAAAGUACGGAAUGCUUCCCAAAGUACAGUAUGCUGUCGGGGAACUCUAUCUGGAAAUAGAGAUGACUAGGAAGGAAGGCUUCUGGUAUUUCCAGGAAGCAUGGUCCAACCUGAUGGAAUUUUCAUCCAGCAACUUAAAAGACAACCAGGACUUAGUGAAGCGAAAAGGCAGAGUGCUGAACAACCUGGCAAAGUCAGCAUCUAAGGAGUACUUAAAUCAUGUUCUGCAAUGUGCUGCUGAAAUGUCCAGCUUACUGGACAAAAACACCUGUGACCAGGCUACCAUGAAAUACACUGAAGGUGUUCUGAUAUCUGCUGCCGGAAACGCUUCUCUUGCAAAAAUGAAAUUUCAAGAAUGCUUAAAUAUCAGGAGAAACCUCAUUGUCAACGGUCAGCCUUCCAAAACGACCGAGAAGCCUUUAUCCUUACUGAAGGUUGUCCUUAGACAAGUGUCUCAACUGCUUCGCUUCCCGCUGACGUCAUUCGCCUCUCCCUCCACCCAACUCCAUUUCGCCUCCUCCCAUGAAGAUCAUCGGGAACAUCCUCGUUGUGUCUCUUUGCACUUUGAUCUUGUUGGUCGUCUGCUGCUGGAGUUUUUGACAGCAUCCAUGGCUCCCCUCCUGAGAAAUGCUCUCCUGGUUUCUGAGCUACCCACCCUCAUGGCCAUCUUCUCUGAUGAUGCCUUCUCGGUUUCUUUCAUUCAAAGGAAGCGAGCAAUUGAACAUUAUAAACAAGUGAUAAAAAUAAACGAUGCAGGCACUCUGGGCAUCUCCUCACUCCUCAGGAAGCAGCUGAGCAUUAGCCUAAGUGAUACCUUGUGUAAAUGAGCAGGUCAAUUAUUGAUAAGUGACUCUUGUCAUCAAGUCAUGAUGGAGGCUGUGGGCUGUUUGUACAGAUCAUUUGAUUUAAGGGCCACCUACCUGGGAUCUUCUCAUUCAUCGAUCAGUGGAAUCCUGCACCUCCUGAGGGAAACUGAGUGGAUCCGGGGUAGGAGAUGUUGGCCUCAAGGCAUGAGCCAGAAAUAUUCUGAGUGUCCCAGGAAUGGUGCCUCAUUAUGGGAGCACUUGCUUAAGUUAAACUAUCACAGCACCCAGAGUUCUGACACAGUGAGCUCGGCAGUGUGCACCAGGGCAGAUAAGCUACAGGGGGCUAAAAGCUUGGACUUAGUGCCUCAUACAAUUUCAGAUAAAUCAAAAUAUGCUUCAGGACAAGGGAAAAAGUUCUUGAGACCCAUUAUUUCCAUUUCUGCUGAGGAAAAGACCUGACUGAAGACACAAAGUAAUGUUGCAAUAUGGCAUGAAGGCUGUUCCUCUUAGAUUUUAUCUUUGGGUAAAAUGGAUGGUGCAGUAAAGAUUUCACAGCAAAGGAUUUUGUCAGCUAAAAGCGAGAGUGAAAAACGCCAAAUUACCGCAGUUUACCAGCAUCCCCUGCUAGGGUCUCUUAGCACAAAUAAUCCCUGGGAAUCGUUAUCUGAGCUCAUCUCUGGGCUUUUUCAUAGCCCAGAUUACAGUUCAAUUUCUCAGACGUGUUUUUUGCAGAGAAGAUCUCAGUUUGAAACAAUUGAUGAAGACCUCAAAUGA